UGCAAUAAAAUAUAUUUGCAAAUGAAUCCUGUUGCUUUAUUCAUUUAUUGUGUAAUUACUGCAAUCCUUCCCACCUUGUUUUCAGUAUUUCUUAAUCAUUAAGUCGGAAGCAUGACAGCAGUGCCAGCCCUGGCAUGAUUCUCUUUGACUAAAACCUUGUAAAUUAACACAAUUAGCACAGCAUCAUCCUGCUAAUUAACUUCCAGUGUCUGGUGCAGCGGUUUUGCAAACAAGGAAGAGGGAGUCAGAAGGGAAUCAACACGCCAUUCUGUUACCAAACUGUGUGCUAUGUUAGGUUUAGCUUAGGGAGGCUAAGCUGGCCAUGUCAGAUGCCAGAGUCAGGCAAUGAGGAGCUAAAGGGGCUGGGGGAGGAGAAAAGAAAGGGGUAGGAGCUGUCAAAAUAGACUGGAAUAAUUCAGAAGGGAGCUCGUGCCACAGAUGCUUCAUUUAAACUAGGCCUCCCCCUUAUCAAGGAAUCUGUGCUGGAGGGCACUAUACAGUUUGCAAGAACCAUUUUUGGUCAUACAAGAGAGAAUUAAGAAAGUCUGUUUAAUAUAGCUGUACCCAAAUAUGCAACAAUCCUGUCAUGCGUUGCAUGCAUUAUAGUGGAAAGAAACUGCUAUGGAAGAUAGGUGUUUUGCCUCUCUCCCCUCCCCCUCAGUUCUGCCACUAAAUAGCAGUGUGACCUUUGGCAAGUCACUAAUUCUAGGUCUCAAUUUCCUCAUCUAUAAAAUGAAGGGUUUGGAUUAAGUGAUCUCUAGGGAAAGUUCCAGCUUUAAAAUUUGAUGAUUCUAUAAUUCUUUUAAGAGCUAUGAAUUCUCUUAAGUGGGAAAAAAAAAAUGCUAUUUAGUCUGAUCACAGAGAGUUCUAUUCACCAAUUAGUCUAGCAAAUGAAAGAUUGUUAACCACAUCAUCUUGUCACCUAGUUAUCCUCUAAUAACUAAUGUCAUACAUUGUUUCUUAUGGAACUUUGAAGGGUGAGAUUGCUUCACAUUCUCCAUUUGUCCUUCCUUUCCCCUCUCCCUUCCCCCUUCCUCUUUUCUUUCCUUCCUCUCUCUUUCUCUCUCUUUUUACCUCUCUUUCUCUCUCUCUUUUACCCCACCAUACACCUUUUCUAAGUACCCUGAAGGCUCUAAACUAAAAAGGGAGAAAUAAUAAUAAAAGAGAGAGAGAGAGAACGCAAGAAGACCGACAGACAAGUGAUGCUUGUUUUUUUUUUCCAGAGACUCAACAACAGAACUGAAAAGCAGAAAGGAGCCAGUUGUAAUUCAUACCGAGUUGUAGGCUUUGUGUGAUGAAAGCGAUGGAGCGCUGCCUGGGAGAUUGCUUUGCUGCACUCCACGAAGCAGAUUUGAAACUGUCGUGGACCACUUUAGAUGAGAGUUGGAUUAUGGAAUGACCUGCUCUGUCUGUGUCAUAUUGUUCUGCGCAGGGUGCAUUAUACUGUGCUAACUAGGUGUUCAGUACCAAAUAAGAGAGGUAUCCUAGAUGUGAUCUGUCAGCUGUGUCUCAUAUUUUUAUAUUGGUUAAAAUAUAAAACAGAAACUGUGAUAUGAAAAGACAGAGCAGUUAGGUAUCUUACAUGUUAAUAACACUUACAUUCUAAGUAUUUUAAAUCUGUGCAUAUUUUAUUUUUAAACUCAUCAUGAAUGUGUUUUAAUUUGACAGGAAAAAGAAUGUGCAUGUAUGUAUGUGUGUAUAUGUAUGUACACAAUUGAACUCACUUUUUUCUUUUUUUGUGGAAAAAAAAAUAACCAUGCUUUAUGUGAACACAUUUCAGGUUCUUUCUAGGGUGUGUGUAAUAUAUCAUUUGUAGCUAUCGGUCUUUAUUUUUAAGCUGAAUUUAAUUUUAAUUUACUUUAAAUCAUGCAGAUAAUAAUACAGGUAACAUAUAACCGCUAAAGCUUUUGGAAGGUCAAAGUGUCGAUAUGAAAUUAUUCUUGACUAUACAGGAUGAGAGUAAAUUUUGAUUUGUUUUGCUUUUAAAUAUUGCAUCUGCAGGAUGCUCUUAAAAAGUCUAAAGAAUAUCUACACAUACCAUUAACUUUAUUUUUUCUCCAACAACCAUAGGCUUGAAGAUGCAGUGGACGCCGGAGCAUGCCCAGUGGCCAGAACAGCACUUUGACAUCACAUCGACCACUCGGUCUCCUGCCCACAAAGUUGAAGCCUACCGUGGUCAUCUGCAGCGCACCUAUCAAUACGCCUGGGCCAAUGACGACAUAUCUGCUUUGACUGCCUCCAAUUUGUUAAAAAAGUAUGCAGAGAAGUAUUCUGGAAUUCUUGAAGGCCCAGCUGAGCGGCCUGUCCUCAGCAACUACACGGAUGCACCUUCAGGGUUGGUGAAUGGUCGGAAGAAUGAAAGUGAACCUUGGCAGCCUUCAUUGAAUUCCGAAAGUGUGUAUCCCAUGAACUGUGUUCCAGAUGUUAUCACCGCCAGCAAAGCUGGUGUAAGUACAGCUCUCCCUCCUGCGGAUGUCUCUGCCAGUAUAGGGAGUUCUCCUGGGGUGGCCAGCAACCUGACAGAACCUAGUUACUCUAGUAGUACCUGUGGAAGUCACACAGUACCGAGUCUCCAUUCAGGGCUACCAUCUCAGGAAUAUGCCACAGGAUACAACGGAUCAUAUUUGCAUUCUACAUACAGCAGCCAGCCAGCACCUGCACUUCCUUCCCCUCAUCCAUCCCCUUUGCAUAGCUCCGGCCUCUUACAGCCACCGCCACCUCCUCCUCCACCACCAGCCCUAGUCCCAGGCUACAAUGGGACCUCUAACCUCUCCAGUUAUAGCUACCCCUCUGCUAGCUAUCCUCCUCAAACCUCGGUGGGACCUGGGUACAGCCCAGGUGGUGCACCUCCUCCUUCAGCAUACCUGCCUUCAGGAAUUCCUGCUCCUACUCCGCUGCCCCCUACUACUGUACCUGGCUAUACCUACCAGAGUCACGGUUUGACACCUAUUGCCCCCUCAGCUCUGACAAACAGUUCAGCAAGUUCUCUCAAACGGAAAGCCUUCUAUAUGGCAGGGCAAGGAGAAAUGGACUCCAGUUAUGGAAAUUACAGCUAUGGCCAACAGAGAUCUACACAGAGUCCUAUGUACAGAAUGCCCGACAACAGCAUUUCAAACACAAACAGGGGGAAUGGCUUUGACAGAAGUGCUGAAACAUCAUCCUUAGCAUUUAAGCCAACAAAGCAGCUAAUGUCCUCUGAACAGCAAAGGAAAUUCAGCAGCCAGUCCAGCAGGGCUUUGACACCCCCUUCGUACAGUACUACUAAAAAUUCCUUGGGAUCCAGAACCAGUGAAUCCUUUGGAAAGUAUACAUCCCCCGUAAUGAAUGAGCAUGGGGACGAGCACAGACAGCUCCUCCCUCAUCCAAUGCAAGGCCCGGGACUCCGUGCAGCUACCUCAUCCAACCACUCUGUGGACGAGCAACUGAAGAAUACUGACACACACCUCAUUGACCUUGUAACCAAUGAGAUUAUCAACCAAGGACCUCCAGUGGACUGGAAUGACAUCGCCGGCCUUGACCUGGUAAAGGCUGUCAUUAAAGAGGAGGUUUUAUGGCCCGUGUUGAGGUCAGAUGCUUUCAAUGGACUGACUGCCCUACCUCGGAGCAUCCUUUUAUUUGGACCUCGGGGAACAGGCAAAACAUUAUUAGGUAGAUGCAUAGCUAGUCAGCUGGGGGCUACGUUUUUCAAAAUUGCUGGCUCCAGUCUAGUCACCAAGUGGUUAGGGGAAGGAGAGAAAAUCGUCCACGCUUCCUUUCUUGUGGCCAGGUGUCGUCAGCCCUCCGUGAUUUUUGUUAGUGACAUUGACAUGCUUCUCUCUUCUCAAGUGAGUGAAGAGCACAGUCCGGUCAAUAGAAUGAGAACCGAGUUCCUUAUGCAGCUGGACACUGUACUAACUUCUGCUGAGGACCAAAUAGUAGUAAUUUGCGCCACCAGUAAACCAGAAGAAAUAGAUGAAUCCCUUCGGAGGUACUUCAUAAAACGACUUUUAAUCCCGCUUCCUGACAGCACAGGGAGGCACCAGAUAAUAGGACAACUGCUCUCACAGCACAAUUACUGUCUCAAUGACAAGGAGUUUGCACUGCUUGUCCAGCGCACAGAAGGCUUCUCUGGACUAGAUGUGGCUCAUUUGUGUCAGGAAGCAGCAGUGGGCCCACUCCAUGCCAUGCCAGCGACAGACCUUUCAGCCAUUAUGCCCAGCCAAUUGAGGCCAGUUACAUAUCAAGACUUUGAAAAUGCUUUCUGCAAGAUUCAGCCUAGCAUAUCUCAAAAAGAGCUUGAUACUUAUGUUGAAUGGAACAAAAUGUUCGGUUGCAGUCAGUGAUAAUUUUUCUUUUUCGUUUCUUUUUUUUUUUUUAAAUGUAAUGAAUGUUGGCACACACACACACAAAACCUGCUACAUAGGGUAGAGAACCCCUUUUUGGUAGUACUCAAAUUGCGAAGGGUUACUGGGGGAGAUGACAAUGAUGUUGCAUCUUUAGAGUCAGGGUAGACUUGGAGGAAAAAUGCAUCAAACAAGAGCUGCUGAUCUGAAAAGCCCCAGAUGACAGGAAGCGUGUGUUGAUGCUCAAUUCUGUUCAAGCCAGACACCACUCGCCAAGGAGCAAGGUGCAAGUGGGUUGAUUUCAGAAGGACAUGAACCCCGUGUGUUGAUUCCAUUCUGCUGUUCUUGAGAUUUAGUUGCUGUCAAGUGCCUGGAGUGGUGCUUUUUUUUUGUUUGCCUCACAAUUACAUUGGUGGCAUGUGCUAAUAUAAAGAGCUUUAACUUCAAACAUUGGACUAAAGAGAUGAACAGUUGUGUUGCGACAGAGAACCAGAUUUUUGCCAUUCUAAGAGCAACAGUAUUCCUCAAUCCUGUCUGUUCUGCAGUAUUAAGCUAAGAACAGGUAAAACAGGGUAACGGUAAUCUGGACCUUAAUUUCUGCAGUUCAUUUCUUUUAAUGUUCUGUCUGCAAAAACUCAGGAAAGUGAUUGUGAUUUGUACAGUACCUCAAAGGAAUGUGUUGAAAGCACUAUGUACUGCUGAGAGUUAUAGGCUAGACUUCAAUGUUACUUUAUAUUAAAUAUGUAUGUUUACCUCAACAAUUGGAAAAUGGAAAGGAAAAUUAUUUUGAAUGUAUCCAGGAAAAUACUGAAGUGUGAUAUGACUGAAAUCUUCGCAGUUUAAAGUAGAAAAUAGAAGGGUUUUUUUUUUUUUCAAAAAAAAAAAAAAAAGGUUCUUUUACCAAUCUGGGAAUUAAACCAGAGCAAAAUAAUUCUCUUUAUGUCAGUACACUAUACGAGUUCUUAGUACAUUGCUCCUUGAUAAUUAAGUGAUAUGGUUCUUAAAAGAUAACACUGGUGAAGGAAAGCCACUUACUCCAUUUAUGUUAGCAUCUGGAAACAAUCAACCACGAGAUCUGUUAGGACUUUAAGAGGCAUAUUACCUAAAAGCUAUGACUGCCUUUUACUGCAUAAGCGGUGGUCGUGGUAGUUUUGAAGUUAUUUGUUAAAACUGUUGGGAAUGGCGACAUUCUAGAUCACGGAUAUAGCUUAUGGGGUUGCAGUGCUGCUUAUAGAAUGUAGUCAAUAGCAGCCAAAAACAAACAACUUUCCCCAAUCCCCCACAAACAAAUGCAGACAAAAUGACCCCGUAAAAACCCUCAAACUUAUGAGGAUUUACCCCUACACACACACACAUACACACACACACACACACACACACACACACACAUACUCACACUUUGGCUCCAUUUUUUGUCAAUAUAUUUUCCAUUACACUUUUAAAAUCUCUCCUGGCUGGAGUGUUCCUGCCAUUAUUUCUACCUCAGUUUUGUUACAUUUCUCUUUGAAGAUAAGUAAAAAAUUAUGCCUGGACAUGUGCAUGUGUACAAAUACACAUAUAACUUGCCAAACAAAUUAAUUUCUAUUUCCUCCUGCGCUUCUUUCCCCAUAAGCCAAGUUUCCAGAAAAAUCCAUUUCCGCUCUUACAUCGACCACAACUACAUUCUCUGGUAGAGUUUUUCCUCAUAGAAAGACCAGUUGGCACAUGUGGCAUUUCGCUCAGUUCUUCACUCCUUCCCUCUAGCCCACAAUGGCAUUCUCUUUAUCCUUUAAUAGUUUAUGUGCAGCAGCAGCUGCUUAUUGACUGCUGACUGAUGCUGGGCAAUGCCUCUGAAAAGGAGCAGUGUAGGCUAUAACUUUUCCAAAUCCACUGCCACUACAUGAGCAGAAAAGCUUGGCUUUUUGAAUGUAAUUUGGGGGGUUAUUUUAAAGAGACAGUAACAAAACUGUUGCAAAGCACUGGCAUUUGAUGUUUUUAUUAAGUAAUGUACCUUCAAAAAUAAAUAAAUAAAUGCACUAAAGAGCCCCAAGAAGAUAAAUAUCUGUAACAAGAAUUUUUUUUUUUUUUUUUUGUCAUUUCAAAAUUUAUGUAAAGAUCCCAUUUGGAAUGUUAAAUUCUCUGAAACAUUUAACAUUUAGAAAGCUAAUGAGGGAUUUCAUGAGAUUUCUGGAAUUUUAAGAUGCUUGAUCGUUGCUUUCCUUUUUCUUUUCUCAUAUUACUAAAAUCAGAGCAAAUGAACCAAAAUUUAAUUUACUAUGACAUUUUGUCAAUGAAAACUGUGUUUAAACAUGAAAAUUCCAUAUUUAAAACAGUGCCUUUCAUUAAGGGUAGAGAAAAUACCAUUUAAAUAGAUCAUCUGCUUUUCUGCAAGUGACUCAACUAUACAAUCGUGUUCUGGCUCCACACUGCGCUUCCCUCAUAGGAGGGAAAUUCCAACAUCCCCAUUAGCUUGUAGGUUCAUAUUGAUCUCGCUGACAAGUUUACUAUUGCAGAGUGCUGACCUAUUUUCUCUCUUUUAGACAUUGCGUUUCAUUUCUGUCAUCACGCUGUGCUCACUUGAAAGGUUCUGCCAAGUUUUGACAAACCUCCUCUGAUUUAAACCACUUUGGAAAAAUCUGUAAUACUGACCCCUUUUGUGACUAGUAAGAGUUAAUGCCAAAUAUGGGACUGAACUAUGGUAUUUUUUGCUUUUGUUCAAAAAACUGAAAUGAAGUUAUGGGCAGGCAUUUGGACUUCAAGCUUUAAAUUUCUCCCUUAGAAUCUGAAUCUGACAUAUUAUUGUUUAAAAUCUAUCUCUUUUGGCAAAAGCUGAAAUAAUUUGUACGUUCCAGCUAGCCUCAGAAUUCCAGGGUUUGAAUUCUUAAGGAAUUGGAUAUGCUUUAGAAAUGAGAUUUUGGGGAAGGACUGUGCAAAACAGCUGACCUGUGUGUGAGAUUCUGAUUCUUGAUGCGAUCCAUAGAUAGGCUUCAUAAUUUUCUGCCUAUCCCUUCUGGAAGUAGAUUACCUUUACAGAAGUGAUUAGGAACAAUCAGUAGUAGUCAAAUCACAAUAUUCAGAUUGCACAGAAUUGGGUUCCUUUUUGGCUGCUACACACUUGAUUGAGGAAGGCUAUUAAUGAAUGUAAGGUAAUGAGCUAGGUUAUAUAACAACUCUGCCUAUACUGAAUGACCAAGUGAUUGAGUCAGUCUGGUUGCCUGAUUAAAAUCCCCUAAUAAUUCUCUCCUUUACAAAUACAAUAACAAUUGCAACAAUCACACAAUUCACACACACUAAGCACACACACACAACCCCAAAACCAAAAGGGAAGGGGAAGAUCAUUGUUUCAGAAGAUCCUGAAGGAACAAUAAAGAUUCAAGAGGUAAUUGAUAAUGACCUAUAUGUGACAUAAAUGAAAACAUUACACUUCUAGCAUGCUUUUCUCCAAAAUAUUUAGAACCUUACUGACAAUAUUGAAAACUUUGCUGACUGAGCUGAUCAAUGGGAUGUGAAGGCAGUUUACUUUAAGGCUAUUUACUUUCACACAGAAUGUUUAUCUAUUAGUCAGUUUGUAUUCCACUCAAAUGCAGAUAGACGGGUAUAAUGUUUUCUUGUGCGUUUCAAACCCAUCAAGGAGAAAAUAAACCAUUCUACUAAAAUACAUAGGCCAAACACCAUCUGGGCAAGUGAUAGCAGCUAUCCAGAGGCUAUGCUAUGUGAAACAGUAUAAGGUCAUUUUACAUGGGUUUGCAUAGUACUUGGCUAUGCAGUUUUCAAAAUAAGAUCAUCCAUUCUCAAAAUCCAAAUUAAUUCUUGAGAUAGGUUUCUGUAAAUUUAAAUAUAUAUGUAUGUGUUUAGGGCCCAAUUUGAUGGAAGCAUUUAGCAAUUCCAUUCUUUGAAAACACAUACAACUUUAAGCAAAAAAGUGAUUCUCUAAUUACAUUUCCAUAUGUUACCCCUGAGCCAGAAUUGAGGUGUCAUGAUCACUGAAUCUAUAUUCUCCAAAAUGAAAGGGAACACAGUUUAUUGAGCUGUUGAGGUCACCAAAAUAAAGUUCUAAUAUAUAAUCAAUCUGUGUGUAUGUUUGUGUGAGUAUGUGUGCCAUUCUGCACCACCACUACUUUAAAUUUGAAAACCUACAUUUUACAUUAUUCACAAGCACCAGGUAUAAUCUUUCAUUGUUUGUGUGUAUGCACAUGUAUGUGUUGUAUGUAAUGUAUUCUAGUUACACAUAAAGACACUUCACAAGUCAAAGUAUUUUAAUACAUUUUUUUCUUUUGAAAUGUAAACGCCUUCCAUUGUUGAAUCACCUGCCGAUUUUUAUAUGAAGCACAUUAGCAAACAUGGAGCUAUUAGUAUUUCAGAAUUCAAAACCAGCUAUACUUGUGACUAACCAACACAUGAACUGAAGCUCACACUCUGCUAAGACCUUUGGUUGACAUUCGAUUUUGAACCUGCCAGAUGCAUUUGUGUGAACCAGGGAUACUGCAUCUUUAAUGAACAAGUCUCUCCUCUUUCCCCUGUUUUUAAAUACAACACAAGCAGUGUAGCACUAGGCACUGCAAUUGUCAAAGACAAUUAGACUGAAAGCAGGAAAAUUUCACCUCCCUGUCUCAGUGAUAUGUAGAAUGUCGGCAGCAUGGGUCAGCCUUGCCACAGAGUUGUGGGAGAAUAUAUGAAUCAGUCCUAUAGAAUGUUAAAUAUUUAUAAAAUGGUUCUGUAGUACACCAAGGUUGGGAGCACAUUCAUUCCUUCUUGUUGUCUGAUGAUAUAAAAAGCAAAAGUUUAUUUCCAGACUUAAAACUUUGUGUGUGUGUGUGUAUGUAUGUGUCUGUGUGCACACGCAUGAGUGUGUGCACAAAAGUAUGUGUGAGUAUGUAAUUUUUCUUGUGAUUUAUAUACUGUUGCUAGGGAAUUUUUACAUUUCUUUUUUUUUUCUUUUAUUUUUUCCCCAUUGGAUGUAUAUUCAGACAUUGUUCUUUAUAACCAUUUCUACCUCAUUGCUACAUAUUGUACAUGUAGUAUUUAUUUGUUGUCUUUUUUUGAAUGUCAUGCAUUUCGUAAGAAAAAGACUUGUCCUUGAACUUGAACAGUCUACCUCAGAAAGACUGUCUUUACACUGAACAGUAUUAGCAACCUAAAUGAUAAGACGCAUUAGCGAAGUGUGGCAGGGUAGAUAAUGCACGAGUACUUGGGAUACUGAUGGACUUUUAAUUGUACUCAUAACACAAGACUGCUUUAAAGGAACUUAAAGGAAAUUAUGCACUGUGUAGGUCUUCAUCAAGGUCCCAUUUUUGGCAUAAUUUAAGGAAUAUGGCUUUAUUCUCAUAUACCCAUCUCUGAAAAUUUUACUAGCAUUUCCAAGCAUUCUUCUGCAAAGGCAAUCUGGCUACUUAAAAAAGAAAACCAACAACAACAACAACAAAUCUUAUUCUAUUGACUGACACCCUCAUCUCUUAAAUUUGAGACAAAUUAUGGUACUUAGUUAUUUUUAUCUGCAGUCUUCAGUGAUUUAAAAUGCCUUCAUUGUAAUUCUGUGACUCCCUGUAUAAAUUAAUAAAAAAACAUUGCAGUUAUAAGAGCCUGCAUAACAUUGAAAAGAAACCAAAAAAAAAAAAAAAAAAAAAAAUGGCACUUCCCAAAGGAAUUAACAAACAUGGAGUCAAGGUGCUCUCAAGUUCUGUAAUCAAAAGUGUUUUAUUGCUGAUUCUUCUUUAUAACAUGUAUUUGUUUUUCGAAGUAAUUGUACAACUAAUGGCACAUUGAAUUACUUUGUAUGAAGUGUUUUAUAUUUUACUAUUUAUUUUAGUAUCCAUUCUUUUUUUCUUCACCAGCUCUACAUUUACAAUAGUAAAAGAACACAACGUUUAAAAUUGCUGAAAGGGGUCCACCACCAAAUCAAUGAAUGGACUUUUGAAGUUGCUUGUCAGCAAAUUGUGGAUAUUUUACAAAAGCAAAUGAACUGUGACAAUCCACAACUCCCACAGAUGUGAAUUCAGAAAUGCAUCUGAAACUCUCAGUAUGCCUGACAAUCUAGUCUUUAAGUUUCAUUAACAAAGUGGCAUCCAAUCCUUUCACUUACAAUUCCUUACAGGAAUGUAUUGUCUAGAGGCUAUGUAGUAGUGAUUAAGAGAGGGUUGUUUUGGGGUUUUUUGUUUGUUUGUUUUGUUUUGUUUACUGUAUUAGGUGAGGGAUGCCAUAUUUCUUGUCAGCUAACAGUACUUGUCUGAGACAGAAAUUUAAAAAAAAAAAAAAAAA